AUAGAGUAUAGCAAACUUUUAAUGAAGUCAGAAUGAGUGGAAUAUCUGUUGUUAUUAAUUCAUCUGGACGAAGAAAUGUUAUUUCGAAUCCUCCACCACCCAUGGAACGUGAAGUCCAAAGUUUCUCUGAGUUUUCCUCCAACCUCCCCUUCAGUGUAUGGACCCCACACCAUGUGAUGGGACCACAGUUCUACAAGCACCCCAACCAUGCCGCACCCAUGUUACCACCCCACCCCCCUUACUAUGACGAUCACUCGAGACAAAUGGUUGCGAGUAACCUUAUAGUGCUGACAUCGGAAAAGGUUCAAAAAAAUUCUCGGUUGAUGACAUCACCAGUGACAUCAUCUAUGACAUCAUCAUCAGAUGGAGUUCAUUCAUAUGUACGCAGGAAGAGCAAAGAAGAUUGUUUAAGUAAACCUACAAAGAAGAGAAAGUUUGAAUGCGGGGGAUGCUACGACUCCAGUACCAGGUUGUCACCUUGCGAGGCUUUCUCGGCACACAGUAGUCGUGCCAAGAGACACGCGAGCUCUAGGCGUCGCCAUGAUGAUAAAAGUAAAAGUUUGAAAGAUAAGCAAGCAAAACAUAGAAAGGAAAGUAGGAAGGUAAACGAUUCUCACAGGGAGUCUGGGGAGCUUACAUCUUCAUCAGUUGAGGAACAAAACAUUAAACAGUUUGUACCUUCAUCUAAGAGAAGAAAGGUGAGAACUCAUGUUUCCAAACCUCACCACCAACAUUCUAAGAUUCACCCGUCACCGUUACACAAGGCGCAAGUUGAUCUGUACAACUUCUCCUCCGCUCGUCACCAUGGCAACCGUAAUUCUCGGUCGCCGCGGAGACAAAGAUCAGAAGAUCGGAGUGUCUUCCGAUAUGAGGAGUACUUGGGGAGACAAAAUUCCUCCCAGGAGAGCGGUGAAAUGUCCUCCGCAGAUAAUGUUCCAAGAUCCGUCAGCUCCUCCAGUCCAAAGAAAAAGGUUUCUUCCUCAAGAGAGAAAGAAAAACAUAGAAACAAGAAACAUUCGCCGCCAAAACGACAUUCUCAUCGUACGAGAAGAAGAAGUUCACACAGAAGGGAACACGAUCGAAAACGUGAAGAUUCCAAAGAUACUGAUCAUAAUUCUAAACACAAGAAACAGGACAAGGAGAAGGAGAUUGUGGAUUGUUUAAUCGAUAGAAAGGAUACACAGAAUGCCAGCAAAAAGGCGGUGCUUGUCUUACCGGAUUCUACCACUGUUGGUUUUGAAAGGACCUCACCAAGUAUUGACAAACAUGAUGAGGUUACCAAACCAGAAGUCACUCAAUGUAAUCAAACUAACUCAGAAACCAAUGAAACCUCCUCUCCAACCAAAAUACUUUCUAACUUAAGUAUAGACAACAGUAUUACAAGUUCAACUGACCAAACCACUGUUGUUUCUUACUCAAGUAUUGAUCCCAAAAGGACAAACAGUGAGGUCAAAGUCCCACCACAAAAUAUUGAACUUUAUGUAAAAAUUUUAAAAAUUUUGGAGAAUGAAGAGAAAUUGGGAAAACUGAUUCAAGACUCAGGUUUACUUUUUAAAAACCAGGAAAUUUCUGCCAAAAAGCCCCUAAGUCCUUCAGGUCCCGUGUUCCAUGUUAAUUUUGAUGUCGAACAUCCUGAACUUGAUAAACAAAUUGAUAAUGGGGUUGAUAUUGAUGGAUUGGCUGAUAUUAAAAAUGGAACGUCCUGUGCAAUUAUGGGAUUGAAACAAUCUAAUUCGUUACAAAUAUCAGAACAAGCUUCUACAAUCCAAAGCAAUAUUGAAGAUGUUUCUGAAAGUAUUGACGCUGCUACCAUAGAUAUAAAAUCAUCUUUACAAAAUGGUAAUAAAGUUUCUAUUGAAGGCAGUGAAACUUUAGAUGAAGGGUUGAAUAACUUUAUUAAUGAUGAUAUGGUCAUUGAAACUGAUGUUGUGCCUGGAGCAAGUUUUAUGGAGACUACAAGUGAUGAUGAUGUGGAGCCUCCUGUAUCUAGUGUGUCCACACCCACCCUCGAGCUUGAUGAAUCAACUGACUUAAUUAUCUGUACAAUAAUGGAUAAUGAUCAAAAGGAGAAAAAUAAUGCAAAGGAAAGCCCUGGAGUGAUGGACACAAAUGUUGAAAGCCACAAAGACGUUGGGAAUAUUGCAAAUAAACAAUCUUUUGUAAAACUCCAAUUUCCAGCUGCUAAAAUAACUUUAAAUGAGAAAGACGUCAAACCCCGUAUGACUGACAGCUGUUGUUGUGCUUGUAGGUUGUUGAAUCGUCCUCUGGUCGAUCCCAGGGUUGGAAGCCACAGCAAGAUGUAUGCUGACAAUCUUUUGAAGAGGUGUUUGGUUUGUUUUAAGCCAGUAGAUCCAAAUGUGAUCUCAACAUCUUGUUACAAAGAUUUGAAAGUUGAGUUUUAUGUGGAUAAGAAUGAGGUUGGAGUUGGUAUACCUUGUUGGAAAUAUACUUACACGGAUGAUGUUCAACAUGUUACAAGGGUGACUGAAACAAACCAAUUUAACUUGGAUCUACAUCUUCCACAUACACCAAACAUUGUUCUAGAUGAAAGCUUAGUUGAAAAGCAACUCGAAGUUGCUCAGUUACCAGUAUCACAUGCUCUACCAACAAAAAAAGUUAUAAAACAAGAACCUUCCUCCUCUUUACAUCAAAAGUGUGUUGAACCACAAACUCUGCAUGAUCCACCCGCAGAUCCAACCAACAUUACACCUCCACCACCCAAUCCAACAAUGCAAUCAUCAAAUCAUCCCAAACCAAUGGAAACCUGUCAACCAAUCAUGCUACCAGCAGAAGUACUCAAUAUAUUAUUGUCCGAACAACCUGUAUUACCACCAGCAACCUCAACCAUACCAUCCACUGCACAAAGUGAUCCUCCACAAGCCCACAAACCGCUCAAAAGAGUUUCAACAACAACUGACAAUCAACCUCAUACUCCACAUUCAACAAACCAAAGUUUAGCAACAGAACAAACCAGCAAGCCACAACACUCCAACCAAUCUUCUGCACUAUCAACCAAGGCCACUGAACCUCCCAAAAAAUCUUCUAAACCUAUCACACAGACUCUAUUACCAUUGCAUAAACCGUCAGCAGACUAUACCUAUGCAACCAGUAAAACGGCACCGCACACAAACCAACCACCCACCAAACUAAGAAGAUCACCUCCAUUAGCAACACUUACACCUAAUGCAUCAACUUUAUAUUUAAAUACACCUUCAAGCAACCAAAGUUUACAGACUGUAUCUACCAACAACCAACCUACUAAAUCACUACAAACCAACCCACCAUCCAUGAAAGCUACUCCACCUCCAAGGAUGCAUUACAUACCAUUGUCCCAGAUUCCUUUACCAUCGAACACACCUCAAGCUAACCAAAGCCACCAAACACUCUAUAAACAGGCAUCACAAACAAACCAAUCAUUAACCAAAGCUGCUCUACCCUCUACCACCUCAUUCACCCAGACAUCCAGUGCUUUACCAUUGAACAUGCCUUCAGCCAAUCAAAGCUGCCAAAUAUAUAAGCCAAGCAAGGCUGCACAUUCUCUUGGAAGAUCACCCUCACCCCCUAACCACACACUAGAUGUCCAAACCUCAUAUUUGGAUGCACCUUCAAGCAACCAGAGGAGCUGCACAAAUAAACCAGAACCAUACAAACCCACUCAAGGAAAAUCACCCCUACCGACCCAUACACCUAUUGUUUCAUCUUCAAGUAACCAAAUAAUACAAGCAGCGGAAGCAACAACCAAACAAACACCAAGCAAGUCACCAAACCCCCAACCCAAGCAAACACACUCUACCACCAAACCAAUGAAAUUAACCCAAACAUUAUCAGCAUCCAAUACUCCCCCAACCCCCCCUACUACCCUUCACAAAAGUAUCUCUCUCCCCCACUCAACCAACCUCUCAAUCUUCCACCACCUUCCAUUUAUUGAUGAACUGCCAACAAUAACCCCAAGAAAAAGAUCCCAAGAGCGAACUAAACCAAACAAAUUUAACUUUUGCAGAAGCGUAACUCCAGACUACCAGCCAACAAGAACGUCACCCAAGGAAAUCUUUCACCCCACCACAAACUCCAAACCUGUUCCAACUUCAAUGUUUAAAACCGAAAGAAUUAAUUUAUUUGACAAGUUUGCUGCAGACAUUACACCUCCUGUAAGCAGUCCAACCCAUUCACCCUUGCCUGCUGCUCAAGCGAUACCAACCACCCUUCCCUACCCAUGCCACCCCUCAACCACUACACAGGGAUCCCCCAUCACCCCCAACACACCAAGGAACUUACACCAAGCCUCAACCUCCUACGAAGAAAGGUUUAAUUUCAAACCAACUCCAAGUGAGAAUCGCCCCAACCAGAGCAUACCUUAUUCACCCCCAGGGGUUGGCUCCAAAACCCCACCACUGCUUACUCCUCUCUCAUCCCCAAAGACCCCACCUUCACUUACCUUACUCAUGCAAACUGUACAAUCUCUUACCCCACAAACUGCAAAUACACCCACUGCUCCUGUACCCACCCCACCCUCACCGACCGAGCAUACUCUAACCCCUAAA